AUGGCGCCGUUACGCAUCGGAUUCGUACCGGAACACUUCUCCACCCCACUCGAGUUCGCGAAGAAACACUAUGGCCUCGAUGCGAAGCUCAUCCCUUACCCCAGCGGUACAGGCCACAUGGUCACCGCUCUGCAGUCCAACGAGAUCGACAUUGGUGUUGGUCUUACCGAAGGCUGGAUAGCGGCACUGGGAAAAGCACAGGCAGCUAAGGAGGACGCUGGCUUCAGCAUAGUGGGUACCUAUGUUGAGACUCCACUGUGCUGGGCCAUAUCGACAGGUGCCCGUAGAAACGAGCUCAACGGGAUCCAGGACCUGAAGGGCAAGAAGGUCGGCGUGUCAAGAAUUGGAAGUGGAAGCUACGUCAUGAGCUUCGUGCUGGCUGACCAGCAAGGGUGGCUGGACACGACGUCGGACAGCCCGCCGUUCCCAGUCGAGCCAUUGAACACGUUCGCAAACCUCCGCGAUGGAGUCAAUGACGGCACAGCAGACUUCUUCAUGUGGGAGCACUUUACAUCGAAGCGCUACUACGAUAACGGCGAGAUCAAGCGCAUUGGUGAGAUCUACACGCCGUGGUCUUCCUGGAAGAUCGUCGCUGCAAACCAUCUAUUGAACCCAAAGAACUGGAGUUCGUCGCCCAACGCAAGCAAACCAGUGCUUACUGGGGAGCUCGACGACGUCAUGGACAAGGUCAACAAGGGCGUUAGACACUUUGAAGAGAAUCAGGAAGAGGCUGUGCAGUACAUCAGCACCAAGCUCGAUUACUCAGAAGAGGACGCGAGAGAAUGGCUGAAGACUGUUCGCUUUGCCAAAGAUGUCAAGGGCGUAGACAAGGAGGUGGUCAACAAGACCGUUGGUAUAUUGCAGAAGGCUGGCGUGUUGGGCGGACAGGUUGACCAGAAGACCAUGAUCGGACUCGAGCGACGUCUGGCAUGA